UAAGGUCAUGAACCUUGUCCAAUGUAUUCUUAUUUAAAAUUCAAUGAAAGGUCGAGUUGAAUCGUGAUAUAGUUUACCCAGCUUAGCAAUGUUCAACAGUGUUUAGUGAAAAUAUUACGGGAAUGCAAAAAAUCAAUGAGAAAUUAAAGUGGUAAUAUAUCCCAAGUGUUUAUAAAAUAAAUAAUAUAGCAACAUGGAUCUAGAGCAAAGCAUUAAAACUGAAAUGCUUAGCGACAAGAAUAGAAAUAACUCAAAUAUGUGCCAAACUGUUGAACUGUGUGUUGUUUGUGGAGACAGAGCUUCAGGAAGGCACUAUGGGGCCAUAUCUUGCGAAGGCUGUAAAGGGUUUUUUAAAAGGUCCAUACGUAAACAAUUGGGAUACCAAUGCAGGGGAAGCAAAAAUUGCGAGGUUACCAAACACCAUAGAAAUAGAUGUCAAUAUUGUAGACUGCAAAAAUGCCUAGCGUGUGGAAUGAGAAGUGACUCUGUUCAGCAUGAGAGAAAGCCUAUAAUAGACAAAAAAGAAUAUACCAAUAAUACAGAAAUUAAAUUUAACCCCAAUGCUAUUAAUGCCGUUAACAAAAUAUUUAUUCGGAAAGACUUGAAUACUGAAACAGGACUGAUUCCUAAUCCUUUUUGCCCCAGUGAUCUCGGACUACAAUUUUUAAAUAAAAGAAUAGCUAACAGUACAGCAUCAGAACUGCCCUUUCACCUUUCCCCCAGUCAGGCCAGCAUUGAAGAUGACAUAUCAAUGGACAGCACAAACACGGGCACGGAACUGAGUGAUGCAUUAACCAUGGCACGUGACAAACAAAUGAUAUCUAAAGCAUUGGAUACAAUGGCAAGAGUGCAGUGUCUGAAUGGAACAGAUUUGGCCACAUUAACAUCUGAAGAAAAUUGUUUUGACUAUGAUGGACCAAUUUUGCAAGAUCAACAUAUUCCUUUCAAUUUACAAAUACCGGGACCAGUUCCUCCAUAUUUAAAUAUCCAUUACAUUUGUGAGAGUGGUUCACGAUUGCUUUUUCUCUCCGUGCAUUGGGCAAAGAAUAUUCCUGCUUUCCAGUACUUAAGUUCCGAAACACAAGUUUCUUUGCUUCGAGGCUGUUGGUCGGAACUCUUCACUCUCGGUUUAGCACAGUGUUCACAGUCAUUAUCUUUGUCUACAAUACUUUCUGCGCUUAUAAGUCAUCUUCACGCUUCCAUUGCUCAAGAUAAAAUGUCCGCGAAUAAAGUGAAGCAAGUCACUGAUCAUAUAGUAAAAUUGCAGGACUAUGUUACUAGCAUGAAUCGGUUGCAUGUAAGUGAGCAAGAGUAUGCUUACUUGAAGGCUAUUACUUUAUUUUCUGCUGACCAACCUGAUAUUUUAUUAAGAAAGCAGAUCGAAAAACUACAAGAGAAAUCGUUCCAAGGACUGAGGAGUUAUGUUAAUAAUUGCUUUCCGGAUGAUAACGACAGAUUUCCAAAAUUAUUAUUACGUCUUCCACCUCUCAGAGCCCUCGAGCCAAAUAUAUUGGAAGAAUUAUUUUUUGCUGGUUUGAUAGGGCAAGUUCAAAUAGACAGUGUCAUCCCCUACAUUUUGAGAAUGGGGAACAGUAUCUCCAACCCAGGCAACAACAGACAAGUAAAAAGUGAACACUUGGAAGAGUUUAUGUGCAAAUAACCUCUUUUGUGGUGUCCUCUAAAGGAACAACCAUUGUUUGUAA